UCCCACAGGUUUUCAUUGCCCAGGGUCAGAACUCCCUUCCUCUGUGUGUAGGGAUUUGUUUGCGUUCGUGGCUUGGGUUUGUGUGUCGGAGUGUUAUUAGAAAGCACACAGGUCUAACCUUGAAUCACCUCUUUCCAACAAGUCUCUGUUUUCAUUAGUUUACCUUCGUACCCUUAAUUACUUUUUCUGUUUUUGUGAAUGUAUUCAGGAAUGACCGUGAGUGAAAACAGAUGAGCUGAAGGUCUUGGAGCAAAGAAGUCUUUCAUUCUCAGGGCCUAGAUAAUUUUCAGCAUUGCGCUUUUAUAGAUUAUCUCUGGAAUAAAAAGACUGAGAUUUCAUCUUAGAAUAAUCUUUUAGUAACGGUACCAGAAACCCACGCCAUUUUCCUUUGUUUAGACAGAAAUGGAAUACCAUUUAUCGACUCUGAGAUUCAUUUAAUGGGGAUUAUUGCCAAUCUAUGAUAUAAUGUUUUACUGUAGUCGCACACAUCAGACAUGUCGUAUUUAAUCUUACAGCCUCUGAUAAAAUGUUCUCCGCUGCGUCCAAGUUAAAGAACUGUUGAAAUGAACCGAAAAAUGACAGUCUGGGUCCUAAAGGUUUGGAAAUACCCUGACCACGUAGUCCAAGUCAUUUAUGUCCACACAGGGCUGACUAAAAUCCAUUGUUUUGAAAAGAAACAAAGUCUUAUUUUGGUCUGUGACUGGACUCUAGUGUUUGUCCUGGCUGUAAUUGAUACUGGUGAUUCUAUUAGUGCAAACUGCAGCCCCAUCAUGUGCCAGUUCUUUUUACACACACACACGUCGCUGUCUUUCUUGUGGUAAUGUUUAUUCAAUGCUGUGUUCUCGUCUGCUGUUUGAUUACGCGUUACUUUUUACAGAUUGCCUCAAGAGGGCAGUCAAGUCAAAUCCAACCAAAUGACAGAUUAAGUGCUGCACUUCUCUACGGGGGUUUGAGUUGCGCCAUGCCAUCCGUGCACAUUUCAGUGAUUUCAGAGACGUCACUCACACCCACGACACUGUACAACCAGCAGAUUAAAUCCCUCUCUGCUGGGAGAUCAGGUGUAUGUGUGUGGGAUGCUGCUGACCUAAAACUGACUCUGCCUUGACCUACUUUUCACGUGAGACCUAAUAAAGCUGUUACCCCCUGGCCCUUACCUUGAAUCCACGAAUGGAUUCAGAUUAUCUCCUGCAUCUUCUGCUGCUGCUGAUCCUGAAAAACACUUUUUUUUUGCUUCUUCUGUACAUUUAUGGCACGCUACCAUUCAGUCACACAUUACAGAAAUUAGCAUGGCUGUCCGCAGCUGCCAUAUCGCAGGCAUGUUUUUUUUUUUUCUGCUCCUGUUGCUAUCUGAGGCCCAUGCAGGGAAUGUGAGUGUUUUGGUUGUGAUAAACGUCAUGUGACAUGGAGUGUCACUUGAUGGCGUGGUUUCAGAGAACAUUUCUCAAUAGCAUUACAGUGCUACUCUGCAUUAGCAACAAUAGUGUUGGUCCUACAUACAUUCCUCAGCAGAGUCUCACACACCCACUUACUCACUAUUGUUCCUCCCUUUCCCUCGUCACAUCGGGACGGUGCUUUUCCUCCAGAACUGUACGAUCACAUCUCCUAUUAUCCCACACAAUGAUCUUUGGUCAUCCCCCAAAGUACACAAAGAGCGUGUACUAUACUCUAUUAGAAUGUAUUACAUUGUGUCAGGAAGUUGGGCGCUGUUAGCAUACGCCAUCAUGCUGUCGUUAAUGGUCAUGUGGUGGUCAAGAAAAAAAAAACUUUUGGGAAGCAGAAGUUUGUGAAUUGUACUCUCAUCUCAGCUGUCAAGCGAGCGCCUUGUGUCACGCGCAUGUGGGAAGAAGUCAGUCUGUUGUUGACGUCAGGUGGUUAGAUGAAGGAUGUGUGUUUGUUUGGGUGUGAUGAGCUGAAGGGAGGAGAAGGAGGAGAAGGAGGAGGCAGGCUGGAGGGGCCAUGACCGAGCUUCCAGUGAGGACAUGUUAGAAGCAGGAAUUCACAAGGAGUGUUCCCACACAAACACAUCAAGACGAGAGGAGAAGAAGCCGCGUUGAAUAGCGAGGAUUAUAGGAGUACACUCUGGAGGCUGAGGACAGCACUUUGAGUACUAUGGACGCUGUGGACACUGCAGUAAACUUGGAGAGUGUUGCUGCCUCAGCACACUGUGGGGGUGCAGACCCAGCAAAUACUGCAGGGAUGGAAGCGACAGUGAAUUCAACAUUGGACAAUACAAGCCCAGUGGGUAUAACCAGAGAGGAAGAUGAUGUGAUGGAGGAUAAAAUCCAGCAGCCCCUGUGUGCAGCGGUGACCGUCGGUGUCACUGACACUGUCGCUGGUACCGAUGGGUCAGACGGCAGAAAUAUGGAAACCAAGGAGGACGGUAUAAGUCACUGUACCAAGGGCAACAUAAGUAACUCUGACAGUGAUAGCGACAGCACCAGUGAGAGCACCUGCCUGGAGGCCAUGACACCUGACUGCAAGGACUACUACCUGAGACUAGGGGGCACCCCUCGACGACGCUCAGCCCUCCGGCUGUCACGCAUUAUUGCCCGCAAGCAGCUGCUACGGCGUCUGGCCCAAGAGAUUGAAGCGAAGGAGGCUUGUGACUGGCUUAGAGCAGCAGGGUUUCCACAGUACGCUCAACUUUAUGAAGAUUCUCAGUUUCCAAUUAACAUUUCCUCGGUGAAGAGAGACCAUGAUUUCUUGGACCGGGAUCUGGUGGAGCCUUUAUGUCGACGUCUAAAUACACUGAACAAGUGUGCCUCCAUGAAACUGGACGUCAGCCACCCCAAGAAGAAAGGCGACGACUCUGAUGAAGAUGACCCAUUGGCUAUCAGUAAACGCUGGACCUUCGAGUGGAGCAGCCGACGAUGGUCUCGUCUGCAGGACUUCCUGAUUGAUAGCACCAAUGAGAGCAGCCCAACAGAACAGGGGGACGGCCUGCGCAGCACUGUGAGCAGUGAGAGCGUGCUGACUGACCUGAGCGAACAGGAGAUCACGGAGAUCUCCUCUCUGCACAGUGAAGACUCCGCCUCCGCCUUGCCUGACUCCAUAUCUAUGGCCUCCCUUUCUGCUUCCUAUCAACCGUCCAGGGAACUCCCACACUACAACUCCCUGCCAAUCAAAAGCGGCCACCACGGGCAAGGAGGGCGGAACAAAGCCAAGGAGUUCUUGCGUCGUAUGGAGAUAGUGCGAACAUGGGGGCCGUCGACAAGACGGAAGAGUACAAAUCGCAGGCCGCCACUGGUCAUCAGUGGACCAGUGCUGCAAGGGGAGGAGCCUCAGGCACUGCAAACGCUUCAGUGCACUCCUAUUAACCAAUUGGAACCGAGCCCUCAGCACAACCACCAAAACGAUAAUCACAAUUCUUCCGCCACACUCUCUGAUGAUUGUAAAGACCAGUCAAUGGUUAUUGUGAGUCCUGGCAUUGAGAGAGUGGCAGCCAGUGUUCAAGAGGUGGCUGGUACGAAACCCCGUACUGCCAGCAAGAGAAGCAGCAUGUAUCUGGAGGAUAUGGAGCUCCCUUCUCAGGGUAAGAGAACUGAAGGACAGAGCCAGUUUUGCAGGAACCAGUUUCGCUCGUAUGAAAAUCUCCUCAUCCACAUCCCCAAAGACCAUAAACCAGGCACCUUUCCCAAAGCCCUGUCUAUUGAGAGUUUGGCAAAUUCCACCAAUGACAAAAACAGUGGCUCUCAGACUAAAACCCGAGCCAACAAUGGGCCGGCUGAGCAGUGGUCUGAUAAACCUCUUUCCAAACCCCUGUGUCCUGGUGCUCCACGGGGCAGCAGGGUGAGUGUGUACGACAACGUGCCAGGCUCCCAUUUGUACGCCAGCACAGGAGACCUGCUGGACCUGGAGAAAGAAGACAAUCUGUUCCCACACCUGGAUGACAUCAUCCAGCACGUCAGCGGCUUGCAACAAAUCGUGGAUCACUGGAGCCGCAGCGUGCUGCCAGAAGGUGAGGCAGGGGAGGGGGAGGAGGACGGGGAGGGCCGGACCACUCCCAGUGAAGGCGAGAGAGACGGCGUCUCCCUAAAUGACACCGACUCAACAGGGACCAGUCGGGAGAGGCGGGACUCGGGAGUGGGGGCGUCACUGACAAGACCACGUCUCCGUUGGCCCAGUUUCAGGACCUCCAAUCAUCUCAACCAGCCAGCGUCUUCUCUGCAGAUCAGUAGCCAAUCAGCAGGCCAGCUUAGCCUGUUGCAGAAGUUCUCUCUGCUUCGUCUCACAGCGAUCAUGGAAAAAUACUCGAUGUCGAAUAAACACGGCUGGACAUGGUCUGUGCCAAAGUUUAUGAAGCGCAUCAAGGUGCCAGACUACAAAGAGAAGAGUGUGUUUGGUGUUCCCCUGAUCGUGCAUGUCCAGCGCUGUGGAUUUCCGCUCCCCCUGUGUUUACAGCAGGCCCUCAGCCACCUCCGAGCACACUGUCUGGACCAGGUUGGAUUGUUCCGGAAAUCUGGCGUCAAGUCCCGUAUCCAGGCCUUGAGACAGCAGUGUGAGCUGUGCCCUGACUCCGUAAACUAUGAGGACCAGUCUGCCUACGACGUGGCCGACAUGGUCAAACAGUUCUUCAGAGACUUGCCUGAGCCGCUGCUCACGAGCAAGCUGGGGGAAACGUUCCUGCACAUUUACCAAUAUGUUCCAAAGGAGCAGAGGCUGCAGGCCGUCAGGGCGGCCAUUUUGCUGAUGCCGGAUGAAAACAGGGAGGUUCUGCAGAUGUUGCUCUACUUCCUGCACGACGUCACGUCAUUAGUGGAGGAGAACCAGAUGACACCGUUGAACCUGGCCGUUUGUUUGGGACCGUCACUCUUCCAUCUCAGCAUACUGAAGAACGAUACGCUGUCGCCAAGGUCAAUCCAAAGGAAGUACACCACCGGUCGCCCGGAUCAGAAAGAUCUGAACGAGAACCUGGCUGCCACUCAGGGCCUGGCCCACAUGAUCACUGAGUGCCAGCAUUUGUUUCAGAUCCCAGAGGAGAUGGUGACUCAGUCUCGCAACUCCUACAUGGAGGCUGAGCUGAUGGUUCCGCCGUUGGACGAGCUGUGCAAGGCCCAUGAGGAGGAUGUGGACGAAGAUGUAGAGGAGGAGGAUGAGGAAGGAUCCUACCAUAGCCAUGUAGAGAGCCUGAUUCAGAACCUGCUCAAAGAAGCCAAAGACAAGAGCAAGAGCUGGGUGUCCCGUUCAGCUACUGACCCCACGGAACUUGCCUUUAAAAAGGUGGGAGAUGGCAACCCUCUACGGCAGUGGCGAGCGUGUGUGGAGGUCUCAGCUGCACCUAAUCAGGUGCUCCAGAGGCUACUGAAAGAGCGCCCCCUGUGGCAGACUAGCCUUCAGCGAGAGAAGGUUCUAGAGACGCUGGAUAAACAGACCGAUGUUUACCAGUACUCCUGCUAUAACAUGGCCCCUCAACCUGACUGUGACUACGUGGUACUAAGGUCUUGGCGUGCGGACCUGCCCAAAGGCUGUUGCGCACUGGUGUGUGUGUCUGUAGAGCACGACGACAGCCCACGCAUGGGAGCAGUGAGGGGCGUUGUGCUGGAGUCCCAGUACCUCCUGGAACCCUGUGGUACAGAGAGGACCAGGCUGACACACAUCUCCAGAGUCGACCUCAGGGGGAGGUCUCCAGAAUGGUACAACAAAGCGUAUGGCCACUUGUGUGUGAAUGAAGCCCAGAGGAUUCGUUCUUCUUUUAUUCCUCUGGAACACACAAGCAUCGAAGCCAAGACGUGAAUCCCAGAAAAUGAGCCCUAACCUCAGGCUACGCUGCCGGAGCAGGCAGCCCUGAGAACCAGAGGCGGAGGAGAAGAAUCCAUCAUGUCUUUCCAUGCUGCUGAGCCACUGAGCUUUACUGUACCAUACUGUACCGACACACACACAAACACAGUGAAGAGAUUUAACCUAAUUCUACACAUCAAACAAAGGAUUUCAUAUUUAUUUCUAUCACAGAACAACCUGUUGUUUUUUAAUGUCAUUUCCUUACAUUGGCUCGUAUGCAUUUAGAUUUUAAAUACAUCCAAGGCAGCCAUGAAUCAACGAGCGGAUGAUGCUCUUUCAACCACAAGGUCAUAGGUCAGAUUACAUCUGUGCAUCAACUUCCUGUGAGUCUCUCAGUACUUCAUUUUGUGCUGUUAAAAGCCAGAAAAAUGAAGGAAGGUUGUUUUUUGCAGGUCACCUGUUUAGAAAUCUGUGCCAAAAAGAUUGCUGUACUCCAGAAGAAGACAGAAACAUACAGAGAUGCUUCUCAAGUCACCCACGAAAAGGAAGGAAAUGGACAGGGUGAGGAUGAGGAUGUUUGUUAGUGGUGGAUUAACAAUGUAUUUGAUAAUACGCUGUGGUUUUAAUUAUUUUAAGGAUAGCUUUUGGGAAACGAGUUAUUACUUAGUAUGAAGGAGUGGGCAAGGAUCGUUCUUUGGCGCCAUCUACAGGAUAACAAGAAUAUCAGGUGACGGCAGUUGGGUCACCUUUUUCUGGUCGGCUUUAAAGGCUUUUUUUGCAAUUUUUUCUUUCACAUAUCUUGCCAUAAAUUAUAAAGGAAUAUAAAUGAAAGUCAUUUGGCAGUUUUUACAGACUGUUGUUUUUUUUUCAGGGUCAAAGAUAAAGGCACUGAUGAACCUUUUUCCAGGUCAGAUGAGUUCAUUGUUCACGUUGAGGGGUUUUUUUUCACAUCAAAGGUGUUAUCUCAGAGGUAGGGUGUGCAAGAAUUUCCCAUAAAAAAUAUGCAGUUUCAGUUUGUUUGCAUUAACCCCAUUUUGAGUCACUAAGGGUGUAUGGUGGUGGUCUGGUCUACUAGGAAACUGUUUGUGUUUUGUUUUUUUCAGAAUUUCUUUCUCCUUUUGUGAGAGGUUAGGACACCUCUGAGUCCAAAUGUUUAGCUGUUGAUAUGAUAUGUAACGACUCGAGUAAAGUAGAACGAAGCUACUGUAGAAGGAGAGGUGGGGGAGGGCUGGGAUCAGUCCAUGAGGAGAGCAGGCCUUUGUAAGUUUUCAAUCUCUAAAUACCUAUGAAAUGAUAAAAUAAACAGUUGGUUACAUACAAUUUUAAGAUAGACAGAGGCAGGGAUGUUGUCAAAAUUGUUAUUUAUGAUUAAAGUUCAUCAGAUAAACAAUCCCGAGUCUCCAUCACAAACACAAUAUUUGUUUGACUAAGAUCUAGUGUGAGGUUUAGAAUAAGAAUGUUGUACCUAAAAGAUGUAUUCUUGAAUACUCUACUUUCUGAUAUCUGAACUCUAUUACUAUCAAAUCCACUUUUUUUACUUGAAAAUUAGAAAAGUUAGUAUUAGGUUUGUCAAUGCCACGGGAGAAACGUCAACAAACCACAAGCAUCUUGGGAAGAUAAUUAUCUACGGUCAUUAAGUGAUUAAUUUAUUAAUAAACUGGACAUUCUUACAUAUCAUUUUUUUUAAAGCAUGCACUUAAUCAGUAUGGAGUUUCCUACAUUUACUGUAAACACACGUCGUUACUUGUUCGUUACUACUACGCCGUACUUGCUUUAAAAUAAGCGGGCCUUGUCAUGGGAAUGACCACGACCAGUACAUUAUUGGUACAGGACGGCACAGCGUUGUGAGAGCGUUUGUUGUACAAUGAGCUACACAUGGGAUAUGGACGUUGACUCGAUUCUCUGUUUAAACUUAGUGUUAAAAUGUAUCUAAAUGGAAAACAAAAACAUUUUAAAGUUAUUAUCGCCAGUACACCUCUGUAUAUAAUAUCACUGUAUUUUUGCUGUCAUGUUAUACAAUGUCUAAGACAUGUGACCAUUUCACUGCUUCUGGGAAGCUUGAUAUUUUGCAUGUGUGGGUGUGUACAUGGAAGUACCUGUGUAUCUGUACUUGGGAUGCACAGUACAGCCACAUGUAGUUACUGAAUACGUCUGACGCUCUCUGUGCUGUUCCAGCAGAUCCACCUUCAUCGCUUUUCAGGGUCUUCCUAUCAUAUUGAUAUGCUGAAAUGUGAACUCUUCCACACAGUGUUCCACUAUAGCAGCCUCUAGCUUCCUCUGCCUUGGCUUUUUUUUUUAGUUGUGUCCUGGCCAGAAGCAGUGUUGCUAUAGUGUUGCUAUGAUACAGUAUCUCUAUGAUGCCACCGAAAUCCUCUGUGGAUACCACACGCUGGAGAAACAAUGGCAGUGUGUGUGGGUGAGCAUGUUUGUGUGUGUAUGAGAGAGAAGGAAAGGCAAACAGCUCAGUGUGUGUGUGUGUGUGUGUGUGUGUGUGUGGGUGGGUGUAACUAUGACAUGAGCCCUUUGCAAAGUGGCCCCAAUUAGAGCUGAACAGAUGAUCUAUGUUUGGUUAUUUCUGACAAAAGUGACAGACAAUAUAAUUUUUGUUUGUAAAAAGAAUAAAAAUAUUAAGAAAUAUUUCAA